AUGGCAAGCCAGAAGAAGACCGAGUCCGCCCUGCACAACCUCUUCAAGAACUACCCCGCGUCCUUCUCCUCGGGCGCCGACGAGUGGGAGGCCUUCCUGCUGUCCAGCGCGACGGGACGUGCUGGAGAGGAGCACGAUCGUGUGCGGCGGCUCCUCGCAGAAGCUGGUGGAGUCUGUGCAGAGGCGGAUCGAGAGGGAGCGGGGGUGGGUUGGGACGGAGGCGAGGGUGAUUGA